ACUGACGCGCAGUGCGAGGCAAAAUGUCAACACGUCCAGUGCGAAUGGAAUGAAAAAAGGCUACAACAACGUACGAGCAAACUCGGCAACAAUACAGUACGCGUGCAUUACUAAAAGCAGGAGCAUCUGUAAUUUGCGGACGGUGUAAUGCAGAAGAUCUCAAAACACUCUCGUAAGGCAGCGAGACAGUGAACGUUUUCCAGCCGAAACAUAUCAAACAUAGCAGUCUCUGUGUGUACGUGUCGGCGUGUGUGUGUGCGUGUCUCUGGUUCCCCUCAAAUUCGUGGUACGGGACUUUCCCGGUUAACUUCUACAGUCCCGCUGGGCGGAAGAAGAAUAUUGAACGGGUUGAGGACGGAGAAAGCACAGACUCAGUAUGUUGUUAAAUAUUCACGAUUCAUCACAGCUGGCCGAUAGCCGGAGGUUGGGAACCGUCCUGCUCUUCCUAUUAAUAGAACUGUUCUUCGAAGGUGCCGAAACUGCCACACAGGCCGAAAUCGAUCGGCAUCUAGAAAUCGGCCGAGACUUCCUAGCCCGGGGUCAACUGUCGGACGCGCUAACACACUAUCAUGCAGCUGUCGAAGGCGACCCGAGCAAUUACUUGACGUACUUUAAGCGUGGCACAGUUUACUUUGCCCUCGGCAAGGCCAAGUUUGCCAUCAGCGAUUUUUCGCGCGUGCUCGAGCUGAAGCCAGACUUUACGGCGGCCCGGGCCCAGCGCGGCUCCGUGUACCUGAAGAUGGGCGACUUCGACAACGCCGAGCUCGAUCUGAUCAACGUGCUGCGGUUCGAUCCGCACAACGCGGAAGCGAACAUGCACUUCAGCCGGAUCGGCCCUGCCCGCGACCAGUGGGUCCUGUGCGUAGAUCUGAUGGAGCGGGGCGAUUUCACCACCGCCAUCGCGCUGCUCAGCCAGCUGCUCGAGGUGUGCCCGUGGUCGGUACCGAUCCGGGAGUCCCGCGCCCAGAUGUACCUGCGCAUCGGCGACCGGAUGGCAGCGGUCAGUGAUUUCCGCUCCGUCAACCGGCUGUCGCACGACAGCACCGACGGGUACAACAAGCUGGCCCGCAUCCUGUACGAUAUCGGCGACUCCGGUGCGGCGCUGAAGGAGAUCCGCGAGUGUCUGAAGCUCGACCCCGAGCACAAGGAUUGCUUCCCGUUCUACAAGAAGAUUAAGAAGGUGGACAAGGUGUACGUGGACGCGCAGACGGCACGGGAAGAGCAACGGUACAAGGACUGUGUGGCGGGCGGCGAGAAGCUAAUCAAGCUGGAACCGGACGUACCGAUGAUCGUGUACAAUGGCAAGCAGCUGCUGUGCAGCUGUCUGGUGAAGGAGGAGGAGUUUACGGAUGCGGUCGUCCGGUGCCGGGAGGCGCUAGACAUCUACCCCGACCCGGAAGUGAUGUGCGACCGAGCCGAGGCCCUGAUCGGGGCGGAAAUGUACGACGAAGCCAUCGCCCAGUACCGGGAGGCGCUCGAGAUCAACGACAAUCUGCAGCGGGCGAAGGAUGGCAUCGAGCAUGCGCAGCGCGUUCAGAAGCAGGCGGAACGGCGCGACUAUUACAAAAUUCUCGGCGUGAAGCGAACCGCCACCAAGCAGGAAAUUGUGAAGGCGUACCGGAAGGCGGCCCAAAAGUGGCACCCGGACAACUACCAGGGCGACCAGAAGAAGAUGGCGGAGAAGAAGUUUAUCGACGUGGCGGCGGCGAAGGAGGUGCUGACGGAUCCGGAAAAGCGGCGACAGUUUGACGCCGGCCAGGAUCCGCUCGAUCCGGAGGCGGGCCGGAACGGGUUCGGUGGGGGCAAUCCGUUCCACCACUUCCACCACGGGUCACCCUUCCAGUUUAAGUUCCACUUUACGUAAAGGGUGUGUGUGUGUGCGAGUGUACGCGUCCUAACUUCCUUUUCUGUGCGCACCACCACCACCAGCCCCAUUCAAUCCUUUCGUUCCUUGCGUUGUCCGGUGUACCAUUGCGCGCGGUACUAAGGAUCCCAUCGGUGACAGUAGAUGGAGAAAAAAAAAGAAGAAAUCCUAAAUCAAACCACGCAACCAUUUGCGCUCAGGCUCAGGUAAUGACCCAUAUUUGUUUGCGUGUUUUUGCUACCGAAGGAGAAGGCGGAACCCUUUUCCCGCACACAGUUGCUCUAGUGGGUUACAAAUCCAUAUCGAGCCCCCCGGGUGCCAGAUGUAAUUUAUUCUUUAUCAGUGGAGGUUUUAUGCGGCCUUCUCAACUACAUAAGCUAACUAAUGGCACCUUUUUUGUUUAGUUUAAAAUCGUUAAAAUCGUUUAGUUUUUGCCAUCAAUCUAUCACGCAAUACGUAAAUGCGAUCUUACACGUGCGUAAAAAUGUAUGAAACGAAAAAGGGUAUCCGGAAAACAUGUCGAUUUUUCUUAACGAACUCUUAAUUUAGUGAAACACACCUCGUUAGCAAUACAAGUGUGCGUAUGCUGAGGGUGGUCAGCAGGGCCGAGCAUUGGUGCCGCACCAAGUUGCCUAGAAAGCGCCCAUCUUUCAGGCAGGCAAAGGACGCGGCAGGAUAGGACAUAUAAAGCGAGUUGCAUUUUUGCUGCAAAGAGGCACUGUCGAUAGACUGAAAACUGGUUGAUCGUAGGAGUUGAGCGUACGCGGCAUGAACGGCUUGUUAACGCAAUUUUGUACAUAUUAAUAAUUUGCUUUGAUCGCAAUCUAAAAGCUAAACCAAUACAAUAAAACCUCUUAGUGAUACUUAGUAA